AUGUCGAUGAAGGUUGGUUACAUUGGCCUCGGGCUAAUGGGAAGUUCGAUGGCAGCGAACAUACUCAAGGCUGGCUUCCCGCUGGUGGUCUUUAACCGUACCAAGGCAAAGAUGGACACGCUGGUGGCACAGGGCGCUGCGACGGCCAUCUCUCCGGCGGAUCUUGCCGCCAAGUCAGAUGUCGUUAUCACAAACGUCUCGGAUUCGAAGGAUGUGUACGAGGUGAUGUUCGGCAAAGACGGUGUUUCUGCCGGCAUUCGUUCAGGCUCUAUCCUCAUCGACAACAGCACAAUAAAGCCAUCAACCGCCAGGGAGAUCGCGGAGCGAAUGUGGAAUGAGAAGAAGGUCCGAUGCCUUGAUGCGCCUGUCUCCGGUGGUGACAUCGGCGCGCGAAAUGGCACACUGACCAUCAUGGUGGGCGGCGACGCGGAGGCACUUCGCAAAGUGAUGCCGGUCCUGCAGGCGAUGGGCAAAACGAUUACGCACAUCGGUGACAGCGGUGCCGGUCAGGUGUGCAAGGCGGCCAAUCAGAUCAUGGUCGCCGCGCAGAUGGUGGCAAUGGGCGAGAUGCUCGUCUUUUCGGAGAAAUGUGGCGUGGACGCUGAAAAGGUGAUCGAGGCUGUUAAGGGCGGGGCGGCGCAGUGCUGGACACUCGAUGUGAAGCCGCCGCGUCUCUUUUCGGGCAACCGCGAACCCGGCUUUAAGGCAGCCCUGCAGAGUAAAGACCUCGGCAUCGUGAUGGACUCCGCGAAGGAGUUUGGGGUUCCGCUGCCGACCACCGCUGUCAACGCGCAGUUGUUCCAGUCAAUGAUCCAGAACGGCGAGGGUGACAAGGACAACUCGGCGGUUUUGGGCGUCUUGGAGCGAAUGGCGAAUUGCCACAUCAAGGAAACAAAGCAGUAG